GCGUGCUGAGUAGGUCCCGCAAGACGGCGGUGUGCGUGUGCGGGCUAGCAGCGGAGACGUGUGUGUGCGCGGACAGCACCGGCCGCAAGACGGACAGCGCGCGCCAGCCGGGGCCAGCGUCGCGCGCGCCGGGGCGGACGCCCGUCCCCCCACCGCACCGGCGCCGCUGGGUCCCGCCCUCCAGUCUGCGCCACCACGAUGUGCCCGACACAGACGCCAAGCACGAUGUCAUCUUCCGCAAGGUCCGCGGCAUCCUCAACAAACUCACGCCGGAGAAGUUCCAAAAGCUGAGUGAUGACUUGUUGGGGUUGGAGUUGGACUCGGACAAGGUGCUGAAGGGGGUGAUCCUUCUCAUCUUCGAGAAGGCACUGGACGAGCCCAAGUACUCGUCUAUGUACGCGCAGCUAUGCAAGCGGCUGAGCGAAGAAGCACCCAACUUCGAGCCACCGGGGCAACCCUGCACCUUCAAGCUGCUACUGCUCAAUAAGUGCCGCACCGAGUUCGAGAACCGCGCGCAGGCCUUUGCCGCAUUCGAGGACAGGGCGCUCACACCGGAAGAAGAGGAGAAACGUCACCUGGCAAAAUGCAAGAUGCUGGGCAACAUCAAGUUUAUCGGCGAGCUGGGCAAGUUGGAGAUCCUCGCCGAGUCCAUCCUGCAUCGCUGCAUACAGAACCUGCUGGCUCGUCGCGCCGCCGCAGAGCACCACGAGGAUCUAGAGUGCCUGGCGCAGCUGGUGCGCACGUGUGGGCGCGUGCUGGAUUCGGAGCGCGGGCGCGGGCUCAUGGACCAGUACUUCGCGCGCAUCGACACGCUGUCGGGGUCGCGCGAGCUGGCGCCGCGCAUCCGCUUCAUGCUGCGGGACGUGGUGGAGCUGCGCCGCGGGGGCUGGGUGCCGCGCGCUGCCGUCACGGCCGAGGGGCCCGUGCCCAUCCACCAGCUGCGGCACGACGACGAGCCGGCGCCGCGCCGCGACCGAGACCGUGACCGGGACCGCGAUCGUGACUCACUGUUCCGCGGCGGGCUGCGCUCGCGCCCGCUCGACGACGUGCUGGCAGGGCUCACGCUGCAGCCGGCCGCGUCGCUCGUGCCGCCCGCCGACAAGCUGUUCGGCAACGGCUUCGGCGGCCGCGACGCGUACCGCCAGCGCUCGGCGCCCAGCUACUACCCGCGGCCGAACUCGCACUACGGCGGCAAGCAGCACCAGCUGCAGGGCAACGGCUCCAAGGACGGCCACCGCGGCAAGGCGCGCCUGGCGCCCGGCGGCGCACUCACAGACGUGCAGAUGCGCCCCGCCGCCAACUCGCUGCUCUUCACCGCCACCAAGCUGAGUCGCGAGCCCAUGCCGCAGCUGCAGCCCACUGUGCACAAUGUGUUGGCGCCGGCGACGUUCGCGAGCACGCCGCUGGUUAAGGAGCCCGCGCUCACGAUGGCCAUCAAACCCACGGCCGAUGCCAAGCAGAAACCCAAGAAGGAUAAAGGAAUGAACAAAGAAGAGGCGUGUCGCCUGGCGACGGAGGCGACGGAGGAGCUGGCCCGCGGCGAGCCGGACGCGCUGUCGGCGCCCGACGACGCGCCGCCCGUGCGCCGCCUGCGGGACUUGCAGCUGCCCGACAAGCUGCUGCGCCGCGCGCUGCACACCGCGCUCGAGCACGCGCUGCAGGCGGAGGCGGAGGCGGGCGUGGCGGCGGCGCUGCCGGCCGCGGCGUGCGCGCUGGUCCGCGCCGUCAAGCGCGCGCCCGUGGCCGACGCCGUGCGCGCGCUGGCCGCGCAGCACCACCCGCACGCGCGCCUGCCCGCGCUGCUGGCGCACGCCGUGCACCAGAGAUUAGUGACCCUGGCGGAAAUCGGGUCGUGGUGCGAGAACGGCGCACUGCACCCGCUGCUGCUACAGGUGCUGCAGGAGCUCACGCCGCUCAUUGGCAUGGACCGCCUGCACCAGCUGUACACCGAGAGCAAGAUCAACCUAUGCGCGUACGUGUCCGGCAAGGAAGGCGGCGAGAGCGCGGACGCGGGCGGCGUGCUGGACGCGCUGGAGGCGCGCGGGCUGGCGGCGCUCGUGCCGCAGCUGCGGGUGCAGGCGCAGCUGGCGCGGCAGCUGGCGCAGGAGCCCGCGCCGCACCACCUCUACCGCUGGAUCAAGGCGAACGUGGAGCCGGCGGUGCGACAGAACGCAGCGUUCGUGUCGACCCUGGUGGCCCUGGUCGCGCGCCACGUGACCAUGGCCGCGGGCUCCGCUGACAAGCAGCCCGACAAGGCUGCAUUGGAAAAAGAGAAGGCGCUGGUGGAGACGUACGCGCCGCUGCUGACGGCGCUGCUGGAGGGCCGCGCCGACCUGCAGCUGGCCGCCGUGUACGCCGUGCAGGUGCACGCGCACCACCACCGCUACCCAAAGGGAAUGCUGCUGCGUUGGUUCAUGUACCUAUACAACCUGGAGGUGUGUGAAGAAGAUGCGUUCCUGCGCUGGCGCGAGGACGUCACCGACGCUUAUCCUGGCAAGGGAGAGGCCCUCUUUCAGGUGAACACGUGGCUGACAUGGCUGCAGCAACAGGAGUCGGAGGACGAGGAGGCGGAGGACUAGCCGCGCGCCCGCACGCUUUUAUUUCGCGCUCAUCUCACUAUAUAAAUAUUGUUAAGCCAAAUAGUUGAAAAUACCUACCUUCGUUACCCUUUAACGCUAGACCCGCCGCGCCGGCGGCGACUCCAGUGUUAAAUAGGUCAAUUUAUAGGUUAUAUACUACGUAAACAAAUAUUAGUAUCUCGAGAUAAUUUUUUGUAGGCCUUUUACUCGAUUUUGAUACUUUUACAAAUGUAUACAAUGUAUAGUGUUCGUUUGGACGUAUGGUUGCACCCCGUCUGCCCCCUCCCCUCAGUGAGCGUUAUUUAGUUGGAAUUGUAAAAAUAUAUAUAUAUGAUGAACUUAAAUCAAUUUUUAUUAUAAAUAUCAUGAUCAUAAUUUCAAUGCUAAAUGGACUUAGUGAUAAAGAACUGUAAGAAUGCUUAAAUUUCAUUGUAUUAUCAAAUUUUAGAAUUUUGUAACUAGAUAAAAAUAAAUACAAAAAAAAACAAGGUUCCCUCAGGAUUAAGAUAUGUAUGUUGCGUGAGUUGUAAUAAAGUUGUAUGAUGCGAGGUUCUAAGUAACAUUGGUCAAUAUGUAUUCAGGAUGAUUAAACUUCAGUGUAAUUUAUUACAAAAAAGA